GGCCCUCAGUAUUAGCUAUGCAAAUCCUCAACUGAUGUCCUCUCGCCACACUACCGGUACAUUACUUUGCUAGGCUCAUAUACUUUAUACAAUGGGAAAUCUUACGUUCGUUUCGCUGUCUUUAGUUCGCUAGGUUAUUUUUUUCAUUUGACGGCCGUUGUGUUUUAUGUGAUACGAGAAUAACGGUGUGGACUAUUUCAUUAAGGGAAGAUGACGGUAACUGUCACCCGAAACUGAAAGCUAAGAGCUAGCAGCUAGCUAUCGCACCGGCACGGGCGGACCUCUUUGUCUGACAGGAGAACUCGUGCUCUUUUGUUCGUGUUUUUUCUUUGUUCAUUUAGAUAUAGGAUAAUUUACGAUAGGAAUUGAAUAAGCCGUAGCAAGUUUUAGUAGAACUAUAAAAUGCAAAUCGCAAAAAAAUAUUUCACAGAAGGCCUGAUCCAGUUUACGAUCUUGCUUAGUUUGAUUGGAGUUCGUGUUGAUGUCGAUAGCUACUUGAAUGGCUAUUACCCCCCUCUGUUUGACGUUAACUUGGGUCCCAGCUCUGCUUAUACCCAGACGCCCUUCCAUAGUUUGAGAGAUAACCUAGACGGAUAUAGCGUGCAUCCCAAAUGUCCCGAGUUGGACUAUUUCUUUGCUACUCGUCGGCUUCUAGACGAGGUGCGUACUUUGGGUUCUCCAAGGUUCCCCACACAGCUGAACACAUGGCUGGUGCACCAGGUAUCUGACAGUGAUCAGCCUGACCCAGGAGACUCAUCAAAUGGCAACAACAGAAUCGACAUCAACUUAGAGGUGGGGAGCACCGCGAGCAAUGCCAACGACGAAGGCAAACAUCUGCAGAGCAGUAGCCAAGGAGAACGCCAAACCACACAAAAUCUCGCCGAACAAGGGCCUUGCACUUCUGGAGCCUGCCAGUUACCCGAAGAGGAGGACGAUGGCAGUUCUGGAGGGGAGGAGCGAGUGUCCCCAAGUCAGCUGCCUCACAGCUUAAGUCUUGAGCAAGAGGAUCUACUGGAUGGCAACACAUCGCUCUCUGACCCAGCAGCAGAACCUCAUGCUUCUGCCGUCAACCAGCAUUGGAGUCAUUUCCUCGCUCUGCAAAUCGCUGAUCUUGAUGACUUGGACUCCUUGGUAUCAGAGCCCCUCUCUGAUCUGUCGGACCCUGAUAUAACCGGAGCCAUCAGCCAGGAUGUAAGCCUGCGUGAUGCGGUGGUGGGCGGCCCACAGGCCUACGGCAGGGUCUCGCAGAGGGCUGAGGCCAGACCCGUCACACGGCAACAACCAGCGCCACUCCUCCUCAUGGAAUCCACAAAUUCCUCGCAUCUGGACUCUUCUUCGGGUAUGACCCUUGACCUGGCCGGGCCUUUCACCUCUGGAUAUAAUGUCAGCAGGAAUGGGAGCUCCCAUGAUGGGAUGGGCGGUUGCCUGGACGAGGCCGUGUUUGACCAGAUCAACAUGCUCGGUCUGGGGGGCAUGGAUGCAAUUGAUAGCCACCUGCUGAACUGUCUGGAGAGCAUCAAUCCGAGACUGCUUGAAGAUCUGGACUCGGACUCCGGUCUGUCCUUGGAAAGCGGCUCCCAAGGCCCCACCUCACCAGGCACCUCCGUGGUAUCGUCCUCAUCCAGCUCCUACUGCGAGGACGACCGCGGCGCCACUGGCUACAGCAGCGAGGUGGACUCCAUCAACUCCAAAGGCAUCGCCGACUACUCCGCCAUAUGGUCCCUCGAAGACCUGAGCGACGGCGUGUGGCACGACCACAGCUACUCCUCCCAGGCCCUGUACCACCAGCCCUCGCCGACGUCCUUCCCCCACAAAGGCAUCAAGGAGGAGCCUCUCAGCGACGACGAGGACCAGGGGCUGGACAGCAGGGAGUCGAGCCGUGACGAGAUGCGGGCGCGCGCCCUCCGCAUCCCCUUCACGGCCCUGCAGAUCGUCAACAUGCCCGUGGACGAGUUCCUGGAGGUCCUCGAGGCCCACGGCUUCUCCGGCGAACAGGUGACCCUUCUGCGAGACAUCCGCAGGCGGGGAAAGAACAAGCUGGCGGCCCAGAACUGCCGCAAGCGCAAGCUGGACGCCAUCACGGGGCUUCAGGAGGAGGUGGCGAGGCUCCAAGCCCAGCGGAACAGGCUCCUCAGGGAGAAGCAGCUCACGGCCAAGACGAUGGGAGCGGUGGGCCACCAGAUAAAGCAGCUGAGCAGGGACGUCUUGUCCAGGCUGAGGGAUGAUUCAGGACGACCCCUGCACCCAGAGAGAUACACCCUGCAGUGCGGGGCAAACGGACGGGUCUCUGUUCAGCCCGUGAGAAGACCGGCGGUCUCUACAACAGCUGGCAGUAAAACAGAUAAAAGAAAGAAGGACAAAAAGCAGUGAUGCAACAUGGCCAGCUGGGACUUGACGUCAUCGCCUAUUUCUGAACUUGCUCGCCUUGUUCUGGUGAAGGUUUUCUUCUUUCCGAGGGUUUGACGGAUUAAAUGCUCUUUAGAGAUAUAAGGGGUAAUGAUAAUGACUACACAACCUGAAAGAAACACCUGUAAAUAAAUGUUCUCUUGGGAUAAAAUGUAGCUUACACACUGGACAAUAGAAUGUGGUUCACUGAUCAUUGGCAGAGGUGAUUGGACGAUUUCAGAUCUUACUUGCCUUUCCAAGCCACAUUUUUUUCUCUCUCUCUAUCUCUCUCUGUUUGUGAAUUUAUUGAUUUAUUAUUGUACCACUUUCCGAUCGGAAUUGCAGUUAAACCAGCCAGACUUUGGAUAUAGGAUCAUGGCAGGUUGACAGUGACAUGUGAAUUAGAUGCAUCUUAAUAUAGAUGGCUAUAUACAUCUCCCCCCGCCCGACCCCGCCAUUCCUUACCUUAACUUCACACCCCAACAAUGUAAGUGAUUGUAGACUGUAACUAUUUAAGUGUUUCUGAAAGAUGUACAAGUCUCUGAAACUGUCGAGGGCAAUACAUAUAUUUAAUUAUCUGUGGAAUUAUACCCUUGUAUAGGUUUCUCCUACACCCCUGGUGUGGGAGAAACCUUCCUUAAUACAGGGCACAUUAAUUAAAAAAAAAACGAAUAUAUAAACAGUUCACAAACACUGCAAAGAUUUUCCAAAUUGGGAUGUUGUCGACCCUUAUGUAAUUUUGAGAUAUUCAACCAUAUACUUUUGAGAUAACUUGAAGGCCUUACAUGAAAUAAAUGUUUGUUUUUAUAUUUGUGUAUCUGUGAUACAUGGACUGCACUCUUACCAGUGAAAUGUUGGACUUGCAGCAUUUGUAAGUUCAAAGAGCUGGUUUGCAUACAUAUUAUUACGCCUCAUAUUAUUUUGUAGCUGUUCUGCCCUACUAAGUACUAUUCAUGACCAUUGAUGUUAAGGGUGUGUGGGUUGGUCUGGAAAAUAUCCACAGACCAUCGAUCCUUUAUGAUUAACUCAUCACUAUUUUGCUCCUUCAUGUACAGAAGCUACUUCAGCACUCUAAAAGUUCAUUUCACUCUGACUGCCCAAUUAAUUAAGCUAGCAGGCAUCACAAUGUUGUAAGAUCAUGUGAAAUACUGCUUUUGUUUUGAAUAGAAUAUACCAGAUAUCCUCUGUAUUUAAAUUAUAAAUGUCCUUAUAACACAUAAAAACUACAGUUUAAAGCUAAAGCAGGUUACAUAUGAGUUAGGCCUCAGCUUUUAACAUCAAUGGCAGAGAAUGGUUCUUGGCUAGGUCGGAUAGUCAAACACCAAGUACACCUAUGCACAUGACCCUGGCAAGGUCAGGGGAGCCUUCAGUAGUGCCCAUAAAUCAACAGUAAAAUGUAUCCUAUCAUCAAGGCAUGUCCAAUCUGAUGACAUUAAGUACAUUCACACGGUAUUUGAGCAUAGAUUAAGGUACAUUUGAGAUAUAUGUUUGCCUAUGUGCAUGUAUGUUAUGCACUCCCUUAAAACAAUAGAUGUUUACUGGUGAGGUGGUCGAUCUAAACCACUUGUUCACCAUUAACUAACGAAUGGCCGAAGUAUAUGAGGGUGUGUUGAGUGUGCAUUUCAGAUGAGCUGAUGAGAAACUGUACCAAUGAAAAAUCCUAUAUGCAGUUGUGUGUGUGCGUGUGUGUGUGUGUGUAAGAGAAAUAAGAGAAUGGGAAAAACGAUGCACAACAUUUAUAACGUUUUAGUGCAACUCCUUUUGGUUCUUUAAUAUUCACUUUUUUUUUGCCCAUUUUUUUAUAGGCGACAUUGGUUGUUAGUGUUUAAGCAUGACAUAACAGUGAUUGAAGAAUGCUGUACUGUGCUGCACUAUUCAAUACAAAAAGGUUUUGUAUUCUUUGGUUUAAAAAAUAAAUAAAAUAUUAAAAACGUC